AUUAAUUUUAAAAUAAAUUUUCAAACACAGUCAUUCACCACGUCUAUGUAAAAUCAUUUUAACUUUGCCUAAAGCUUAUCAACCUAAUUAAAUAGUAAUAAAAAUUUUGAUGGUUAGGUUUUAUGAAUAUGCAACAAUUAUUGAUACCAGGACUACCUCAUGAAUUAGAAAUAAAUAACCUUCAAUAGAUGGCGAGAUCAAUGACCUUGUAAGAGAAUUCAGAAAUGAUAGAAGAAAAAUAGGUACAAAUUUUUUAUAUACAAGUAACAAAACCACCCACUUGAUAAAAAGUGUACCUAGGAUGGAGAAAGUGUUUAGCCAAUUGUAACUCCAAGAAGAAUGUGUCAUGACUUCAACAGAGAAUCUCCUUUUGUCAAGAUCAGUGUUUACAAAUAGCACCAAAUGACUAAUUAAAAAAUAUAUAUACUCCAAGAUGACAAGUAAAAAUUUAUGUUUAUUAUAGAAUCGUUGGAAGCAAUUAGAUUUAAAAAAAUGAAAUAUCUAUCAUUCGUCGUAAGAAAUAACAACAUAUAGGUGAUAAUAAUAUAGAUUUGGGUAGAUAAUUUAAGUGAUAAUUUGUAGGUCUCUCUUCAUAAGAAUAAAAUGCUGAAUAGGUGCCUUGUAAAAUUUCAACAGAAUUUGGUUUUCGUCAUUCCAGCAGAAUCACACCAUAAAUUUUUUGUUUUUUAUCUCUAAAAUAUUUCCAUUCUAGAUUUAAAGAAUUGCCAUCAAAUAUCUUCAAACUUAUUCACUCAUUUAUCAAGUAUUUAAGUGUAAAUAUUUUUAGAGAAAAACCAAAAUUCUAUAUUUAGGAUUGUGGAACAUCUUUAAAAACCUUAGUUAGAAUUAAAAAAGAAAGCCCACGAAUAAUGAACGAAAGCAAUAAUUACUUAAUCGGGGCUGAUUUCUAUUUUCACGUUAUUCAAUUAAAUUCAAUACCUAGCCUAAUUGAAAAUAAGAAAAAGGAUUAAGAAACUCCCAUUGAAUACUUUUUUUAGACUCUUGUAAGAGAACAUGAAAAAUAUAGAGCUAGAAUUCAUGGAUUGUCUAAAGAAGAAUAGUAAACUUUUUAAUGUAUUUAAAUUAUAAAUCUUAGAAUACUUAGAAGAAUAUAGAAAUUUAAAGAAGAAAGGAAGGAAAUAAUAUCAUCUAAUAAAUUGUUAUAGACCAUUUCUUAAAAUUUAAUUUGAUACUCCAAUAACAAAAUAGAUAGCUGUCUUUAUAGCAAAGCCAGGAUGUGAACAAAUAUUUAAAAUUGGAAGAUCUUAAGAUUGUGAUAUCAUUGUCAAUAUGAAUACUGUUUCAAGAAAACAAACAUAAAUCAAAUUUAACAAAACAUAAUGGGAAAUUUGUGAUGGAGAAGGAAUACGAUAAUCAGCUAAUGGAACUUGGUAAUCCUUAUAACCAUAUGAACAACCCUACUUCAACAUAAAAUAAAAACUUAGUGAUCCACAUCUUAUUGAGGAUAUGAUGGAAAUUAAAAUAUGUGAAAACAUUUUUAAAUUUGAAAUGAUUGGCUUUGGAGUUUCAAAAAAGUAAUAUUAUUUUUAAUAUAUUUAGACGAAAAUUGACUAAUACACUCUACUAAGAAUUAACUUAAUUCGAUUGA